CAAGAGACUUGAUAGCAGACUGUUGAAAUGAGAUAUUAGGUUUAGAUAGAGCCAGAGAGGAAAAACUAAACGAAAAAAUAUGGGUAGUUUGGGAGGCCUAGUGAUCAUUCUUUCAAGCUUUUUGUGUGUGUUUCUUCUUCUCUUAGCUUUCCUCAACAUCUUUUACAAACUGUGGUGGGCUCCAACUCGCAUACAGAAGCUGAUGGCUUUGCAGGGAAUCAAAGGCCCUUCCUACAGACCUAUCCAUGGAAACACCAAAGAAAUCUUGAACAUGAGAAGGGAAAUUAUUGGCAGGCCCAUGAAUUUAUCCCAUGACAUAGUAUCUGCAGUUCGACCUCAUGUUCAUUCAUGGACCAAGAUAUAUGGGAUGAAUUUUCUUCAAUGGUAUGGUUCUCAAGCUCAGUUGGUCAUUAUGGAACCUGAGUUGUGCAAAGAGAUACUGAAUAACAAAGAUGGAGCUUUUGCAAAAAGGAAGCCCCAAAGCUAUGUCAAGAAACUUUUAGGAGAUGGUCUUGGGACAACCGACGGUGAAAAAUGGGGAAAAUUGCGAAAGCUGGCUAACCAUGCCUUCCAUGCAGAGAGCUUAAAAAGCAUGGUUCCAGAUAUGGUAGCUAGUGCCGAGACGAUGCUAGAGGGGUGGAAAAACAAUGAAGGAAAAGAGAUUGAGGUGUUUGAACCAUUUAGGAUGUUCACUUCUGAAGUGAUUUCAAGGACUGCUUUUGGCAGCAGCUACUUGGAAGGACAUAACUUUUUUGAGAAUUUAAUGAAGUUAUCCUUUUUAAUAUUCAAAAAUGCUCUCACUGUCAGAUUUCCCGGAAUCAGUAAGUUUUUUAAAACUAGCGAUGAGAUCGAAUCAGAGAAGCUUGAGAAAGGAAUGCGCGACUCCAUAAUAGAGAUUGUUGAGAAAAGAGAAAAGAAGGCAAUGGAUGGAGAAGAAGACAGCUUUGGGAGUGAUUUUCUUGGAUUACUUUUAAAGGCUCAUCAUGAUACCAAUGACAGCCAGAGAAUUUCGGUUGAUGAUUUGGUUGAUGAGUGCAAGACAUUUUACUUUGCCGGACAAGAAACCACUAAUAGUAUGCUUGCAUGGACUGUGUUUCUCCUGGCACUUAAUACAGAUUGGCAGGAGGAAGCAAGAAAGGAGGUCCUGCAAUUAUUUGGUAGACAAAAUCCAAAUCCUGACGGCCUUUCCAAGUUAAAAACUAUGAGUAUGAUCAUCAAUGAGUCUCUAAGGUUAUAUCCUCCUGUUGUUUCCGUGGAGAGGAAGGUUAGAAGGGAAGUUAAACUGGGGAAGCUCAUUGUUCCUGCUAAUGUUGAAUUGAUAAUCCCAAUACUAGCAAUCCAUCAUGAGCCUGAAUUUUGGGGAGAAGAUGUGCAACUUUUCAAACCAGAGCGAUUCGCGGAGGGGGUUGCUAAAGCUACUAACAAUAACAUAGCUGCAUUCUUACCCUUUGGAAUGGGACCCCGGACAUGCGUGGGCUUCAACUUUGCGAUCACAGAAGCAAAGAUUGCUCUGUCAAUGAUUCUCCAACGCUACACCUUCACUCUUUCCCCUGCUUAUGUCCACUCGCCGUAUGAGUAUCUUACAGUUCGUCCACAACAUGGAGUUCAGGUUGUGCUGCACUCUCUGUGAACUGUCAAAAGUACCACCAGAAUUGCCCAUAAUCUUGAUCUUGGUGUUUAAAGUAUAUAAUAUACUGGGCAAGAUAGCUUAAAUAAUAUACAGGGCAACCUCUGUUUGAGGCCCUGUUAUGAGUUAGCACUAACUCCCCCUUUCUCUUUUUCUUUCCUUUUUUUGGCUGCUUUGCUGCUUGUAAUUACGCUUUUGGUAGAACCAUCAUUCAAACAAGCAUCAAUAUUCAGGUAACAAAAGAACCAUCAAUUAUGUAACCGGAAAAAAAAAAAAGAACCAUCAAUUAUUCAAUUGUACCAACAA